UCUAGAUUCAAGGAAUCCCAGUACUUAACUUCACAUGAAGUUACAAGUGAAGGCUCAAGCAAUCUUAAAGACCCUUGUGUGCUCUUAGAAUUAGAAAAGAUCCGUCUGGAGCAGGCCAAACUUGAUUUGCGCCGGGAAGAGAUGAAGCUAAAUCAUGAGUUUAGAAUAAAACAGCUGGAGAGCAAUCCUGUCUCUAUUCAUUCCUUUGAUGUGGCAAGACAGGUAAGACUUGUUCCACCUUUUUGUGAGCGGGAUGUCACCAAGUACUUUGUGAUGUUUGAAAAGGUUGCACAGAGUUUAUGUUGGCCCAAAGAGUAUUGGCCAAUAUUGUUGCAAAGUGUUUUGAAGGGUAAGGCUCAAAGUGUGUAUGCAUCUUUAUCAAACAUUCAAUGUGUAGAUUAUGAUAUUGUGAAAAAUACUAUUCUGAAGUCGUAUGAACUUGUGCCAGAGGCAUAUAGGCUCAAAUAUAGAAACACUUUCAAACUAGCUGACCAGACUUAUGUAGAAUUUGCCAGAGUUAAAGAAGAUUUGUUUAAUCAGUGGCUUCGUUCAAAAGAGGUAAAGUCAGACUUUGUUAAAUUAAAGGAACUAAUGUUAUUAGAGGAAUUUGCCAGAUGUGUUCCUAAAGAAGUUUCUCUAUACUUAUCUGAACGAGGUGUAGAUAAUAUAGCUGUUGCUGCCAUUAUGGCUGAUGAGUAUGUAUUGACACAUAAGACCUAUACUAAUAAAUUUCCGGGUUUUCAGAAUAAGAGAGAUGUUGUAGCAGCUUCUCACUGUAAGUUUGCUCUUCCAGAUGAUGUAGUGGACCAUGGAAAGAUGUCCAAGCCACAUGAUUUUGUACAAGGGAAGAAAUGUAAGAUUUGUAAUUACUGUGGGAAGACUGGCCAUUGGGAGAGAGAGUGUUGGAAGAAGUCACGAGAAAUUAAGGCUAAAUCAGUAGCCUUGGUUUCCACUAAAGUAAGUUUAUCCAAAAAGUUUUCACCUGUAACUGUUUUCCCCAGAAAUGAAAAUAAAGCUUCUUUAAGAAAGUUGGAUGUAAACAGUGGUGAUGGGGCUUUCACUGGAUCGUAUGAUAGUUUUAUGCAUGAAGGUACUGUCUCACUUGAGGGUGGGGAAAAGAAAUCUGUUCAGAUUUUACGGGAUACUGGCGCUUUAAAAUCUCUCAUGUUAAAAGGUUUGGUUGAUUUUGAAAGCCCAGAGAAAAUAGUUGUUCAUGGAGUUGGAGGAUCCAUCUCUGUUACCCCUGUGAGAGUGUACCUUGAGUGUGAAUUCUUUGAGGGUUUUGUGUGUGUAGGCCUGGUGGAUCAAUUGCCUAUGCAUGGUGUUCAUUUCCUGUUGGGAAAUGAUAUAGCGGGCAAGAAGGUGAACCCUGUCCCGUUAUUAUCUGAGAAACCUGUAGCUGUGGAAGAAACUAAGCAAUUAGUUGAGGAAGUACCCCAUGUGUUCCCUGCCUGUGCUGUAACAAGGUCCAUGUCAACCAAUAUUAAAGUACCUCAGACUGGGAAUGUAAUCAAUCCUGUCACUACUACUGAUACUGAUGCUGUUAACUUGGCUGAUACCUUUUUUGCCACCAUUGACUCUGUAGAUAGAGUAGCACUAGUUAAUCAAACUGAUAUGUCUAAAGGAUUAAUUGAAUUGCAGCAAGCUGACCCUGAGUUGCAAGACUUAGCUGAAGCUGCUGUGGCUGAAAAUGAGUGUGAUGAACUGUCAGUUUGUUACUAUUUGAAAAGGGGUGUAUUAAUGCGUAAGUGGAGACCCCAUUCGUCCCCAGCAACUGACAGUGAGUGGGUGACAGUACACCAGGUAGUAGUUCCAAAUGUUUAUAGGUAUGAUAUAAUGAAACUUGCUCAUGAUUCUACUUUUGGCAGGACAUUUGGGGGUAAGAAAGACCUUAGACCGGAUUUGGCGUAA